AUGUCUUCCUCUCAAGAAUCAACUGGUGCAAGCCCAGUCAGAAGUCCCAGUGUCUCUCCACGUCUCAUUCGAAAUGCUCGUCCAAGAUUUCCAACCCAUCGUCGCCGGUGCAGCUUGCCUACCUAUCCUGCCAGACCGCAACUGAGAAGAACAUCACGACAAGUCUCUCGUAUGGUGACAGCAUUCACUCUUCUGGAUGAUCCAAACAAUUCUACACUAUCUGAGGGCAGUGAUGAUAAUGAGGAGGCGGUCAACCCAAAUGCGCCACGACUCCACCGGAGUCCGGCGUACAGAAACCUCAACAACAUGGCGAAUGAGCGGCCAGGAACGCCACCAAUUCAAUACGAGGAGGACGCCGCUGUCGAUGCUGACGCGACUGAUGAUGAAGACAACGAGGAUGAUGGCGAUGACGUCACCGACGACGACGACCCGGCCUACGAAAGGGUGCUCAUGGGCGUCGACUUCAACGACCCCGUGUUCGAUGCUCAGGGCCGCCUUCGGGCUGGUCUUGAGUUCAUCGCUCACGCGGGCGAUGAUGUCGACGCCCUCGACGGCCCUCUUCCCGACGGCGCCCAGAGAGGCAAUCCUGUUGCGGUUCGCGCCCGUGCCAACCUCAUGGUUGCGGGGAACGAGGUGUUGGCCGCGUUCCAAGACUUGGAGCGCCUCCUCUGGGCUACCCGGGCAGAGAGGGAUGAUGCCAGGGAGCAACUCCAUCGUUGGCGGGGUGAAGCACUUCGCCUCGGAUCCUUCUUCGGAGGAUGGUGA